UGGUGGGGUUGCUCGUCGUGUUUAUAAAAAUUUUUUUAUUUACGUUUACGAAAUCGGAAGCAGAGGAAAACGGAAGUGAAGUAAGUGUUAACGAUAUUGUUUACGGAAGUGUGGUGAAUAUUUUUAUUCGUUAUUCGUGUUACGUUAAGUACAGCACAACAUCGGAACUCAAUAGAACAGAAUUUCUCGUUGUCAUAGUCGUCGUCGUCGUCGUUGUCGUCGGCGGUGUCAGUUUCUUCAAUUUUAAAUUAGUCAAGUUUUGGGAAAAAUUAGCAGAACAACGGCAGCUGCUGACUGCGUAGGACAACAGUAGCGGAUGCUGCACCCUAAGCUCAAAUGGCAUAAAUACAAAAAUUUUUUUGGUGUUAAACAUGAACAUAAAUUAAAUUCAACCUAACUUAACUUUAAUUUAAUGUGAAUUAAGAGUUGAAAUUACAAGAGAAUAAAUAAUCAAAACAAAAAUGCACAAUAAAAUGCAAUUAAAUGCGAGUGAAAAAUUGAAAUUCGUGCUUAGUCGUUAAAAGCACAACGGCAGCUGUUGCGCUUCGUCCGACUUAAAUUCGCGUAAACCUUCAAAUUUACAUGCAGACAGUUUGACGCCGACGAUUGUGUCGCGUUGUGUGGUGCGGUGAAGUGCGGUGUAGUGUGUGCUUUUGUUGCAUAAAAUUGUUAGCGGUGCUUUGCCGUUGUCGCGAAACCGUUAGUGCGCUUUUACGGCCCGCGUGCAUUUUCGGCACAAACGCGUUUUCUUUUUUGGUUUCCGUGCAAAUUUAGACUUACGAAGUCCAUUGAACAAACGAAAUACUUUGGUUGCGUAGUGAAACGCGUCUCAGACCACAGCUCCGUUGGAUCCACAAAAGGCUUUGUCACUCCGUCGUCAGUGCUGAACGUCACUCGAGUGCAUUUUGGUGCGGUUGAACGGCUUUUGUUUACUUUGCUUUGCUGGCGUGUGUGUUGCGGCUUACGUGCGAACGUGGGGGACGUGGUAUGUGUGCUGGACUCCAGUGUAUCGUAAAGGUGUGAAUCGUCAUAACGCGCACCCAUUCACAGAAACUGUUUAGGCUGUGCUAGACGCUGUGCUGGUAUUCACAGCGCCUCGUCUGUCCACGGCAGGCGCAAUUAGCGUCGUUCGUGUUGUCGUUUAAUUAAAAGCAGGAAUUCAAUUUGAAUACAAAUUACUCAAGUGUGGCGCAAAAGAGUGCCGGUAGCACCGGGGAGUGUGUGUGUGUGAGACUGCAGAUAGCACGUGCUUUGCAAAAGCACUAAACACAGUUGGUGCUUGUCUGCCGGCCUACUUAAAAACUGCAACCAGAAGAAUUCCAAAGGUGUUAAGAGCGCGUAUGUGACUUGACUGCAAAACCAACAAAUAGCAAUCAACUAGCGCAGUAGCCACAAAAAUAAGAAGAAUAGGAGCAAACUAUUUUUAGUCAUAGAAGUGCAAAAUGAGUGACCAGCAAUUUCAACACAGUCAGCACAGCUGGGCCCUGUGUAGGCUUGUCUGGCUGUUGCUUAUCGCAAGUAGCAUCUCUGCCUCUGUGGCUGCCUCAAAUUCCAAUGACCCUUGCUACUACGAAAGCAAGCCACGCAAGUGUGUACCGAGUUUUGUGAAUGCAGCCUAUGGUAAUCCAGUGCAAGCUUCUAGUGUUUGCGGUGCACAUCAGCCGGAACGCUACUGCGAAUUGAACCGCGAUGGUAGCGUAGGUGAUUGUCGCAUGUGCGAUAAUGCGAAAACGGAAUUUCGUUUUCCUACAAGUGCACUAACAGACCUCAAUAAUCCGAACAAUGUGACUUGCUGGCGUUCGGCAACUGUGCCUGUGCCAUUAGACCUCGAUACAGCACCGCCGGAUAAUGUGACACUUACACUGUCACUGGGCAAAAAAUAUGAGUUAACCUACAUCAGUUUGUCAUUUUGCCCUAAAUCGCCACGACCUGAUUCCAUGGCUAUAUAUAAGAGCUCAGAUUUUGGACAAACUUGGCAGCCGUUUCAGUUUUAUAGUUCUCAGUGUCAGAAAUUUUAUGGACGUCCAGAUCGUGCCAAGAUUAGCAAAUUUAAUGAACAAGAAGCGCGUUGCAUAGAUUCACAUCGUGAUGGCAGUACACAGCGGUUCGCUUUCAACACACUAGAAGGUCGUCCAUCUGCUAAUGAUUUGGACGGUUCUUUCGUGUUACAGGACUGGGUGACUGCCACAGAUAUACGUGUAAUAUUUCACCGCCUUGAGUUACCUGCAGAACUAAUGAAGGUUGAGCCUCAAGUAGCCACCAAAACAAAUGCAAACAGUUUCAGCGAUGAAAUGGGCAGCAGUCAGGAGGACUAUGAUUACAAUCUCGAAGAUAAUGAUAGCACUUAUGAUGAAGAUGAUUAUGAGGAACCGAAAAAACAUUUGGAACUUGACGAUGACUUAGAUUUGGAAGAAUAUGCAAAUGAUGGCAUAUUAAAAGAAGCAAAACGUAGCAGCAAACACAAAUCCAGCGCUUAUGAAAAGCAUUAUUUGGGAAAGUCCCAACUUGCACAAACUACAACAACGAGUACCAUAAAGAUUAGUGUGCCCGAAAAAUCAAAAGCUACCGAUACCAAGCCCACCCCAGAACCAACUGUUAAAGAUCUUUUAGCAAUGUCACAGCAUUAUGCGGUCUCAGAUUUUGCCGUGGGUGGACGUUGUAAAUGCAAUGGACAUGCUUCAGAAUGUAUAGCCGCAGUAAGUAACAAUGAAGCUUUGCCACCUUAUGUGGAUGACAGCGAUAAUGGGGAUGAAGAUGCGAACAGUUUUGGACGCAGUACUGGCUUACUAAAUAACAAUCAGAACGCGAACCUUAUAAACGCCAGAAUGACAAUGACAUGUGCCUGUAAGCACAACACAGCUGGACCGGAAUGUGAACGCUGCAAGCCAUUCUAUUUCGACAGACCGUGGGGACGUGCAACAGAUAGUGAAGCCAAUGAAUGUAAAAGUAAGUACAAAAGUAACAAAUAA